GUACGAGUAGGCAUGGCGUCGGCGAGACCUGCCGGAGGAGGUGUCGGGAAAAUGCUGAACCCAAGGGCCGACAGAAUCAGGACAACAAAAACUGGGACGCAGCGACGAGAGGACGGGACGGGAGUCGAGAGGAGGAGCCGGUUCUACCAGGCCUCGGGUGCAGUACGAUGAGGUUCUACUGACCCAUGGAAGUCGUACGGUAGCGCUACAUCCGGAGAGAGGCAGGCAGGCGAAAGAAAAAAGAUAUCCACUGCGCUCCGACCGACACCGGCGUCCAGGCAGGCCCCGUCCGUGGCUCCGUCCGUCACCGCUGGCUGGGAGCGAGGGCGCUGGAAUAGCUCCGGAUUCAGGAGUGCGCUGGAAGCAGAGCGCUACAGAGCGCGAGUGUAUCUUGCCAUGUGGAUCCAAUCUUCCUCGGGACUUUUGUCCUUAGGCGGCGUGGCUGGCAGGGCAGGGCAGGAGGCGAGGAGACAGAAAGCAGAGGGCAGCGCCAGACCGAGGUGGUUGUUGUCGCUAACUCUGUUCGCUCUCGUUGGGUUCCGUCUCCCCGUCUCCCCUUCGACAUUCCUCCCCUCCAUCCUCGCGCGCCUUCUUUCUCCUUCGGGAAUCCGCGUCGAGAAUUUUAUUCACAUCCUCGUCUCAAUUUGAUCUCAUUCGGUUCGGAGGCAGGCCCGGGAUCCGCCCGACGUCUCGCUUGUUGUUGCCACAUUGUCCCAUUCAUCUCUUCCUCGUUUGAUUCUCUCUUUACAUUCGCCUCCCUGGCCGCUCCCGUCCUCCCCCUCUCUUCCUCCCUCUCUAUCUGUCUCGCGCGAUUCGAUCUGCCCCCGAGCCGAGGUGGAAUACGAUACUGUACAAUACAGUUCGCGUACAAUUGUCCCAUGCUCAUGAGCUCAACGGCCCGAGAAAUCUGAUUCUCUUUCGUAUUCGUGUACAACCUCGCUCUCGCUCUAUCUAUCCCCGUCCCCAUCAGCAUCAGUGCCUCCUUCUCCUUCUCCCCCAUCCCCCCCUUCUUGAGCGCGCAUCACCGUGCAGCACUUGCCAUCCCCACUCCCUAUCUAUCUUUCCCCUUCUCUCCUCCUGCCUCCUCCGCCUCCUCUACCCGACCGAGAGUGUAGCCAUUGCGGACAGCAGCAGUCGUCGUCGUGUGGAGUCUGUGUGCCUGUCGGAUCAUGAUAUACUUCUGAGCUCUCCUCCCGCUCCCUUUCUUCUUCUACAUCCAGCGUUGCCUGCCAGGAGUCGCUCUUGUACAUUCUUCCCUUCUUUCUUUCUUCGGACAUCAGUUCAGUGUAUGCUGUGUAGCGGUGUGUGUUGGGUUUGCUGGGUCUCAACGGAUGGGACCUUUGUAAAGCGUAAGCGGGCGCGAAUACUUGUGAGCGUUCUUUGCCCUCGGUUUGUUUCGGACGAGUGUGCGAAUUCUGGCGAAGGCGGGCGCGGAUCAGCGAGCGGCCUGGUGUAGAUAAUUAGGUUAGCGGAAGACUCUAUGUGUUGGGCACGUUCAUGUGGAGCAGAUUAGACGAGACCGAUCACCAUGAGAGUAAGCUUUUGCAGGCAAGACGUGGUAUCGAGCACUCGACGCCCGACCAUUUCCCUGUGUAUGGAAGCUCGUGUCAGAGAUGAGGUAGAUGGAAAUACGCAGGAAUCAGAAGGGUAUGCGGCGAGACGAGGCGCGUUGGAACAUUAUCCAGCGGUGGGAUCGAGGACUGCCUCGAGUAGCGAGGUCGAUCCCGCUUUAGGGAAAGGACGCAGAGACGAUUUCAACUUAGAGCAAAGUCGCGGGAAGACCGGUUUUGACAGACGGGACGCUCAACAGAAUUCCAUAGCCAAAGCAGGAUUCAAUCAUUCCAAGGAUGAAUGGAGAUUGAUGGAAGACGUGUCGCAGGACGUUUCGAGGGCUUUUGGUAGCAAGGAUUGUUCGCCCUUCAAGGAUGAUUACGUUAUUCGCAACCAGUCUCUCUACGAGAGACGGACGAGAAGUCUACCGGCUGUGUCGAAAUCGAAAUCUCCGUCCUCGUCCAUCUCUUUCUUCCAGAGCACCUCCGAAUUGGGCAAGUCUAUACUCGUCACCGAGCAGCAGGAAGCAGCUUGCCUCCACGACACCAUCGAGUUUCACACCCUCAGGAACCUGAGCUCCACCCUCCGGAGGCAGGUGGUCAAGGGCUGCCUCAUCCUGGUGGUCGGUAUUGCGGUCGUCUACUUGUUCAUGCAGUUCCUCCUGAUAGCUGUUCCGCCGAUGCUUCAUUUUAAGAACAGCUAUCUGCAGAACAUUACCAGCUUCACCAGAAUUAACCAAGGGUCCUCUCAGUGCCAAAUUCCCCUCCGAGCGCACCCUCUACCUUGGGUGUUCGCUGCUCUGAUCUUGAUAGUCGUCGGAUCGCGUUUGGUCGAGCUUCAAUCCAAGUUCUGGAAGCGCGGAAGGCCGACGUGCACGCAAUGUGUGGACGGGGAUCAAAAUCGUUGUCGAGUUGAGGAAGCUGACGAGAGGGCUGCCAGAGCGCAGCUCGCCAAGCAGCAAUUCAUGGCUUACGUGUUCCACAACAUCCGAGUACCGUUCAAUGCCAUUGUACUUGGUCUUGGGCACAUGCGAGCCACCGGAGAAGGUGAAAGAUCACUUUGCCAAGUGGGCGAGAAGAUGGAUCUUGUGGAAAUGAUGCUGGACUGUGCGGAGACCAUGACUAGCGUUCUUGAUGACGUUACUGAUAUGGGACAAUGGGAGGUCGGUCAGAUGGAAGUUCACAAGGACGAGUUCGGUCUUCUUGGGGUCAUCAACUUUCUGUCUUGGGGGUUGAAAGAACUCCUAGACCAAAACCAAAUUAGUUUCAAAUUGAAUAUAGACCCCACGGCACAGGAGCUUCUUACAAUGCACAACGUGAUCGGAGAUAAACAACGCAUUGUGCAGACCUUAGGAAACUUCCUUAGCAAUGCAAUUAAGUUCAGUCAUCCCGGAGGGAAUGUGGAACUGGAAGUGAUGUGUGAGGACGUCGUCGAUGCCAAAGAAGUCGAACUUCCAAGUUCAAGCUCGACGGCUCCAGGGUUGCUGCGAAGAGGUCGAACUUCUUCUCUUUCCUCGAGGAAGUCACUGAAGGGAUCUGGUGCCACUGCAGAACUCUGUUCGAAAGCUCCCAAACCACGAUCAUAUCAAAAGAAAGAGACGGAGAACAAAGUGGCUAGAUUGAGAAUCUCUGUCAAAGACGAUGGAGUCGGAAUAUCUGAACAAGAUCAGUUGAAGCUAUUUGAACCUUACUCGUUCGUGUCCUCGGGAUGGGUUCAAAAGGCUGGAAUCUCCGGACUCGGCCUUAGUAUGGCUCGUCGUUUUGUCGAGCAAGUGGGUGGACGUAUCGGUGUGGAGUCUGAAGAAGGGAAAGGGAGUACUUUUCACUUCUGCCUUCCCUUCCCACUAGUGAGAAGAGAACCCAACGCCACUCAGGAGGUUCCUGCCCCUUGUGGAGUUAGCCCUAAGGACGAGCAAAGUACGACCAGUCCUGUGCGUCCUACAGCUUGCAUAGAUGAGACAUUCAAAGAGAAGAGCGCGGGCAACUGCACGAGGUCUUCUGCUUGCAGCAAAGAUAAGUUCUUUAGAAACCGGAACGCGAAGACUACGACUUGUUCUGAGCCGGAAAGUAGCUCCUUCAAAAGGAGGGUGCUCCUCGUGGAAGACACACAAAUCAAUAGAAUAAUCUUGAGGAAGGUGUUACAAAACCUUAACUUGCACUGUGAUGAGGCGGAGAACGGGAAAAUUGCUGUGGACUACUACAAGGAAGGGAGGACUUAUGAUCUUAUUCUGAUGGAUAAAGAAAUGCCGGUCAUGGAUGGGCAUGAAGCUACGAGACAGAUCAGGAGAAUGGGCGUGAAUACUCCUAUCAUUGCCCUCACAGGCAACGCGAUGCCCUCGGACAGAGAGCUUUUUUUUGAAGCAGGAGUGGACGACUUUCAAACUAAGCCAUUAUCAAGAGAUAAACUUGUCCAAUUGUUGUCUAAGUUCGGGGUGGAAAGUUCAUGCGUGACAUCAUGAUGACAACCAAACUCCUAGUCUAGCUCAUUAAGAGCUGCUGUAAAUUUUAUAAUCUUAGAUAGCAUUUUUUGGCUCGUGCUAGAGGUUAGUGGAAAGUGUGGGAGGGUUUCAACGAGUGCUGCCGUAUGGCAGCUUUUUAGCAGAGCAUGAGUGUUCUGUUUCGUUGGAGGGUACCUUCCCGCACGAAAGAGGAGCAUGCAUGCACAGUUUGUUCCUCCAGGGAAAGGCCAAGUGAAGAUGGAAUCGGGUCAAUCUGGCACCAUUCUCUUUUGCCCGUCAGAUAGAUACCCAUGGACAGAGAACAGAAGACGAGUUUGAGUCACCUAUAGGAUCCGAAUUGAAAAUCGAAAGUAAAAUUUAGUCGUCACUUCGUGGAGAGCAUGAAAGGGCAUCCACUUUCUCCCUUCAGAGGGUUUACACAGUCGGUCAAUAUCGAGAUGUAACUUACUAUUUUUGUGGCUCAGAGCUGCAAUCUGAAUAUGACUUGUAUAAUUAGUACAUUUUCAAUAUUCAGCUGAGGGGAAAAAAUUUCUUU